AUGGAAUGCGAGAUACGCGCACGCGCAAACUCCUCCUCCAAACGGAGGCCGGUAGUGACGUUCCUAGCUGGCGACGAAGCCAUAGAAAUCCCCGACAAGUCGGUAGUCGGCGUGGACAAGCCGCUAGUGAGGAGCGACAAGAGUGAGUUGGAGUUGGACAGCUUCGCCGAAUCGCUCACCACUAUGCACAGCACCUGGUUUGAUAAGAGAGAUCUCGCGCACAGAAUAUUCGUGAACAGGUCACUGCACUUGGAAAAUGUGAAGUUUUAUGGGUUCGACAUGGACUACACGUUGGCUGAAUAUAAAUCGCCACAGUAUGAAACAUUAGGAUUUAACUUAACCAAAGAGAGACUAGUGAAGAAAGGAUAUCCGCGAGAAAUUUUAGAAUUUGAAUAUGAUCCCUCCUUUCCUGUAAGAGGUCUAUGGUUCGACACGUUAUACGGAAACUUACUAAAAGUAGACGCAUAUGGUAACAUUCUAGUUUGUGUGCAUGGAUUUGAAUUCUUGAAACAUUCUCAAGUGUACGAGUUGUAUCCUAAUAAGUUUUUAACACUGGACGAAUCAAGGGUAUACGUGUUGAACACACUUUUCAACUUGCCGGAGACUUAUUUAAUAGCAUGCUUGAUAGAUUUCUUCACGAAUUCACCACAGUACACAAGAGAGAGGACCGGAGUGAGAUGCGGCGACCUGGCGAUGUCCUUCAAGUCGAUAUUCCAGGACGUGCGCAGCGCGGUCGACUUCGUCCACAUCCACGGCGACCUCAAGUCCAAGACCAUCGAGAACCUGGAGCUGUACCUGAAGAAGGACGAGCGGCUGCCGAUGUUCCUCUCCAGGAUAAGGGAGAGCGGCGCGAAGCUGUUCCUUCUCACCAACAGCGACUAUAACUUCACCGACAAGAUCAUGAACUAUCUGUUUGAUUUCCCGCACGGCGCUCAGCCGAGCGACCCGCACAGGAACUGGAGGACGUACUUCGACUGGAUAGUGGUCGACGCUAAGAAGCCGCUGUUCUUCGGUGAGGGCACAACCCUACGGCAGGUGGACACGCUGACCGGCGCCCUGAAAAUGGGCCAUCACGUCGGACCGCUGCACGAGGGGCUGGUCUAUUCGGGCGGCUCGUGCGACGUCUUCACGGAGCUGAUCAGCGCGAAGGGAAAGGACGUGCUCUACAUAGGCGACCACAUAUUCGGCGACAUACUCAAGUCGAAGAAGAUCGGGGGCUGGCGCACCUUCCUUAUAGUGCCGGAGCUGGUGCAAGAGCUGCACGUGUGGACCGACAAAUGCCAGCUGUUCGCCCAGCUGCAGAAUCUCGACGUGCAACUGGGCGAUAUGUACAAGGACCUGGACUCAAGCACCAAAGAGAAGCCUGACAUAUCGAAGUUGCGUAUGUCGAUACGGGACGUCACCCACAAGAUGGACCUCGCCUACGGCAUGUUGGGCUCGUUGUUCCGUUCGGGCUCGAGGCAGACUUUCUUCUCUUCUCAGGUGGUGAGGUACGCGGACCUGUACGCGGCGUCCUUCCUCAACCUGAUGUACUACCCGUUCUGCUACAUGUUCCGCGCCCCGGCGAUGCUCAUGCCACACGAGUCGACCGUCGCUCACGAGCAGCGAUUCACCGUCGACACGCCCACCAUCGACCGUUCUAGACAUCCGAGCGCUCAGCGACCUUAUUCCGUACCCGAGGAAACGUCUCAAGAAGACUUCACAGUGACUGUCGUUCCAGACAUCAAGGCGCAGGGUUCAGUGCCCCACGUGAGGCCGGAGACUCCGAGGCAGCUCACCCACACCCACGACGAGGACUGCUCCGACGACGAAGAUGUCUCCAAGUCGGGCCACAGCAAA